AUGCCCCCGCCCCCGCCGCAAGGGUCAGCGACCACGCGCGGCAUUUUUUCGCUGUCGCUACGCAUCCGUCACGUUCACCCGGAAGAGGCGUGGCCUCCGACCAAGGCGGGCGGAGCCUCCAGGAGCUGGGCAAAACACAAGCCCCCCGCCCGCCUCGCGCAAACGCAAACACGCCGCAAGACGAGCGGAACUAACGCCAGUCUGUUGGAAAAAGACAACAAAACGAGCCCACCUGUCAACAUAGCACCCAUUGGCACGGAAAGCGCGUUUCCUGGCGGGAAUUUACCGCUGAGGCGUCUGAUGGACGAUGAAGAGGAAGACACGUCGCGGCCCACCUCGCAGCUCCGGGGGACCGCCUUCGGGGACUUCAAGUACGAAGAGCGGGCCGCGCAGAUCGCGUCUCGUCGGACCCCCGCCGUCAUCGCCGCCGACGAGCGCAACAGCGUCGCCUCGCGGAUGCGGCGUCGGGUUCCCUUUCACGGCAACGCCGCGCUGCUCUUGCACUUGCCCGCGCAGUUCGAGCCCCUGGAGGACCGGGGAGCGAGGCGGGCCGCCGCGGCAGGGGAAGAGAGGCGGCGGCGGGAGGAGGAUGACCGGCUGGCGGAGAGGCCCGGCCGGCGGCGGGCGGCGUUGAGCCCGGAGACGCAAAUCGGACAAAAACUCCGGGAGAUCGGAGACAAGUUCCAGCAGGAUCACGUUGACCUGUUCCUGGGGCAGCAGAGACAAAACUUGCCCGUCUGGAUGCGCCUCACCGUGGCCCUGUUUGGCUUCCUCUUCCCCAGACCGCCUCCAGUCCCUCGGCUGAGGGGCGAGCACAGAUGAAGCGCCGGUCCCGCCCCCGGCCCCCGUUUAGCCCCUCGCCCCCCGAGCACCGCUUCGUUCUCCCCUCACUGUAACGGGACCAGACUUUUUAGAGAUGGCACUGUAAGAUUGAACACGGGUUUCGGAGUUUUGUUUUUAUGAAGAAGAGAUCAAGAAAAAACUCUGGUCACCGCUGGACGGAGACUGAUGGCAUUUGGGUUUUUUUUCUCCCCCUCAUAUUUUCCCUCUUUUUCUUGUUCAAGAAGAAGCCAUUGAGUUUGAAGAGCUAUUUUGGAAAUACGACUUGUAAGAUGACCUAUUUUGUACAGCUUUUUUCUUUUUUUUUUUCAAAUUUGUUCUCGGAGGUGAACUCUCAUCAUCAGUCCCGGGAAUGCCUUACGAUUCUCUCCCGCCACUGCAUCGAGGAAGAAGAAAAAGCGUGGACGGGGGAAAAAACGCCGCCACACUAGUUGUUUUGUUGCGUUAUUCCUCAAAUAAUAAGAACCUCGACUUCCCUUUUUGACGGUUUCACACUGGCUAAUUUGAUCGCGUAUCGCCAGCCGACCGUCACCGCUCUCGUCCGCCAGCCGCCUACUUGAAGUGACGCCGAUGUGACACCAUUUUGCAAGCGGGGAAGCGUGCAGUCAGGGAAACACGUAAACAAUCACGACCAUGGGGAAGUUUUUGGGUGACAAAACUUGUCAGGACAAUCUUUUUACGCGAGAGGAUGAGCAAUAUUCCAAAAACAUAAAUCGACAUCACUUGAAGCGGGGUACACACAUAUCGAUAACUGAUUAGAAAACUGUGGGACAACCCACACGUGACGAGGAAACCAUACCGUGAGAGUUCUUAUGGCUCUUAUCGCGGGUGGAGUACACAACACGUCACGUGCGUCAUGAUAUUUCCACUGCUAACGUGUAUUUGCAGAGGUUCAACUAAGAAAUGCGCCGUGAGCGAUGCUACCUCACAGCAUGUUUAGUGUUGAACUUUCGUCAUUCACUCCAUGAACUCCGUCAUCUUUUCUCACGAUCGCGACACACACGUUCUGCUACCUACCGCGACACAUACUCACUCUGUUUAUAGCAAACGUAUAGAUACACACUCUGUUGGAGUGUGGGGUGCUUAAACUGGUCCAACGUCCGACGUCUUGGCAUUUCUCUCCUUCGUAAUCGAAGUGACAAGCCGAGAUUCACCGCCUAAUCUUGAUCUUAUAUUAAAAAGUUGUGCUGAUCUCAAAUCCAAAGCGAUGCAAAGCUGCCAUCUACAUGGUUCUGUCGCUCAUUACGUUGGUUUACAAAGCUGACUUUCACAGACCGUCUUGCACGACUUCCCAUUUGAAAAACGUACUUGACGAAUAUAUACGUGUGUGUGUGUGUUUAUACAUACACACACAUACAUCGGUGGGAGUAACCGGUUGGAUUCCAGUUGACGAAUAUAAAUGUCCACGGCAGUGAAGGAGUUAAUUAUGAGUCUUAGAAGUGGGAGUACCAAGACUGACAUGUGAGAGGCGCCAUUGUCCAGACUGCAGGAAAAUACAAGAAGAUAAGUAGUAGUAGAAGAAGAAAGUGUUAGCAUCUCUGGGAAGUAGAUUGCUCUUUGAAACUCUGAUUCUCGGCCCCGGCCGAUUUGCGAUAAUCGUAAACGCUGAACAGGGUUAGCAUUUACGAUUGCCAGCCUCAGUAAUCGCUCAGGAUAAUCUUUCAGAAGCAUCCGACAAUCAGGAAAUGGUUACCUCGACCGCAAGAGAGAGAAAAAAAAUGUUCCGAUUAGGCCGAAUUAUCGGUAAAUGUGUACCCUGCUUAAUCCGAUGAUCUCUUUGCAACUGUUUGGGUUGAGGUCACGCAGAUGAUGUCCACUCGGUUUGUUGUACACACGUACGAAGUUUUGAGCAAUUUCUUCUGCCACCGGUGAACCAACAACAGCUUUUGUACAGUUUGUGGUUCCACUUUACGACUAAAUUCUUGAGUCUUGGGGGGCACUACUUCUCAACUAGCCGCUACUCGAUUUUUGUACUACUUCCACUCUUUAAAUGUUUCAAUAAUAUCCUGUUUACAUCAAGUUGUACCUGGUAUGGCUCUUUAGUGAAACCCAUGAAAAGCACGUUUUUAUAAUUCCUUGUUAUUCACUGGAUUGAAUCAUAGAAUUUGUUUGAAAUAUUUUUCAUUCUCGACUCGACUGUUGAAAAUAUACGUUUUUUUUUGUUUUUUUUUCAAUGUCUUCUGCCCUGAUUAUCAUUCAUCAAUUUUUGGACAAGGGAGCAAUUUCAUGUAAAAUUCUUAAUUUGCCAAAGAAGUGUUUAGUGUCUUCUAAAGGCACUCCAAGGGUGUGGUGCCUUGAGAUACAAGUUUACUUUGUUCUGUGACUGUGCUUGUAUGUCAAAAUUCUUGUAUCUCAAAUUCAUGCUUUUAUCCGAAGACUAAAAAAUAAAAAUUAAAAAAAAUGGGCAAGCGACAGUUCGGAAGUCAAGUCUUGGAAGUCAAGGCACUCGUAUGUCAAGGCACUGCUGUAUUUUUGAGAUUGUUUUGUAAACACACUGACUGAGUCUGUAAAUAUUUGGAAAGUCAAAAUAUGAUCCCGAUAUUUGCUGAAGGAAAUUCAGUCAAAUGAAAUUCGGUAGGAAAAAAUUCAGUCGGAUGCCCAUCCCUAAUCGACGCAACAAGUUGGACAUAUUCUUUUGCUUUUGUGUUGAAAAUGAACGUUUAAAGACACUGAUGACUUUUUUUGUCAUUAUUUUAGUUUUUGGAGGGAGUAGUUGACAGCCUGAUGCUUUUUUAUUAUUAUUUUCUUUGAUUGGACAAAGCGAGACCUCCGUGUUUGGUUCUCCGAGAUCCGCGCUGUUUGUUUCCUGCAAACACCGAACGCUGAGGCAAUUCGGACUUUUAACGCCGUCUUUCCCUUUAGCCUAGCUUAACACGGCCGAUCUCCCGGAACGGAUAUUUCUUAAUUUAUUUGCUUAUUUAUUUUUGGAGUAUAUUUGCGGCUGUACAGCAGCUAGCUCGGUGUAUACGGUCAAAGUCGUCGAUUGAUGCGCGUUGGGCCGUGCGCUGGAGGCGGGGCCUGUGUGACGAGGUGGGACUCGAGCAGAGGCGGGCAACCUUUGACCUUUUUGGGGCCUUUUUAAUUUUUGGGAUAUUCCUCAUAGAGCUAUACUAAAUUUAUCAUAGUGACCAUUUUUUUUUCUCCUAUUUCAACUUUAUUCUCAUAAUAUUGCAAUUUCAAUUGUACGUUCCCCCCCACCCUAAUUGUGUUACGUCUUUAUUUUUGAGCUCCUAUAUUCCCCCCGUAAUAUUACAACGUCAUUCACAUAAAAUGCAGUCGAUUUUUCCCCCUGGUAAUAUUACGUCAAUAUUUUUGUUUAAAAAAAUUCUCGUACGUUUUUUAAAAUUGUAAUAUUAUGACUAUUGCUGUAAUUGCAUUUACAACUUCAUUUUCCCCGACAUAAUUUUUUUUCAUGUAAUAUUUCUAUUUCUUUUGUAUAAAAUAAAAUGAAAAUUUAAGCCGUAAUAGAAUGCUAUACUAAAUUUAGGACAGUGACAAGUUUUCCUCUGAAAGCCAUACGGAGCUUACGACAACUGGUGCAUUUUGGGGGCUUUUCAAAACGUAUUUUGUUGUUGUUGUUGUUUUUUUUUGGGGCCCCGAGCGUGGCAGGUUUGACCCCCCGACGCCCCCUACCCACGCCAGCCGGACUAAAGCCAUGUGCCUCGCGCGCGUUCUCCCUGCCGAGUCCCGACAAACUCAACGGACAAUCAAAUCUGUACGAAAACGUGCCUUGUGACGAAGACGACUGCUAGCGUCGUCUUCGUCGUUCGAUUCUCAACCGCGGUGUCGCAACCGGCGAGGCACGGACAACUUUUCGCCACGAUUUUUGACUGUUUGCUCUCAAUGUGCACUGUACAAACAAACAAAUGUGGUUGUUGUUGUUGUUUUUUUAUUGACUUGUUUCUACUCCCGUGCUGAACUUCCUUCCUGCUCUUUUUGUAACACUCUGGACGAGGAGGAAUGAGUCACCACCGGUGCCCAGUAUUACGCCGCCGUCUUCUUUUAAGUUGAGCCUUCAGUGUCUUUUUGAUAUCACUUCAGGAGAACGAGUGCAUCGAAACUGUCAAGUGCUGUGAUUUGCUGUUGUUUUUUUUUUUGGUUUCGUUUUAUUCAAGUUAAAUGAGAAUUUGACACAAUUUGUAUUGAGGAUUUUUCAAUUUUUCUAAGACAAAAAGAGCAAACGAAACCACUCGGAUGCGCUUUUUGUUUUCCCUCCGAUGGCUUUUUUUCAAUGUUGUGGCAUUUUUGGAAAAUAUUUGAAGACAUUUUGGAUAAGUCUGCUGUGUCACUCAGUUGAAGGGCUUUUUUUCAAUAGCUGUAAAUGAAGUUUUUUAAAAAAAUGCAUGUCCAACAUUCCUGAUUAUAAGAUGAAGAAAAAAAACAAUCUGUAUCUAAAGUUUUUUUUUGAAUGUAAUUAAAUGGAGUAGGAAAGUCAAGUCUGUCCAUACAUGAACUGAACAGUAGAGCAUCUUUGUUUUGUUUUUCUGGC